UCUUCCUUCCAUUGGGUCACCCCCCAAAUGGCCGCUAUGGCUGGUGCGCUGCAUCGAUCCGAAGCCAGGAGUCAGGUGCUUCCUCCUGGUCUCCCAUGUAGGUGCAGGGCCCAAGCACUUGGACCAUCCUCCACUGCCUUCCUGGGCCACAGCAGAGAGCUGGACUGGAAGAGGAGCAACCGGGACUAGAACCUGGUGUGCCGGUGCCGCAGGCGGAGGAAUAGCCUAGUGAGCUGCGGCGCCAGCCAUCUAGUGCCUAUUUUUAAAAGACACAUUUAUUUAUUUGAAAGGCAGAGAGAGAGAUCUUCUAUCCAGCGGCUUAUUCCUCAAAUGGUGGCAAAUGCUGGACUGGGCCACACUAAAGCCAGGAGCCAGGAGUGCCAUCCGGGCCUCCCAAAUGGAUGGCAGGGAAGCCAGGCACUUGAGCUAUCUUCCACUGCCUUCCCAGGCCCAUUAGAAGGAGCUGGAUUGGAAGUGGAGCAGCGAGAUCUCAAACCAGCACUCAGAUCUUUAACAAUCAGAAAUAACAUCACCAGAUACGCCGCGAUGUCUGUUGAUCCGAUGACCUACGAGGCCCAGUUCUUCGGCUUCACCCCGCAGACGUGCAUGCUCAGGAUCUACAUUGCGUUUCAGGACUACCUGUUUGAGGUGAUGCAGGCUGUGGAGCAGGUCAUCUUGAAGAAGCUGGAUGGCAUCCCCGGCUGCGAGAUCAGCCCUGUCCAGAUUCGUAAAUGCACAGAGAAGUUUCUUUGCUUCAUGAAAGGACGCUUCGAUAACCUUUUUGGCAAAAUGGAGGAGCUGUUUUUGCAGUUGAUUUUGCGUAUUCCCCCCCACAUCUUGCUUCCUGAAGAUAAAUGUCAAGAGUCGCAUCCUUGUAGUGAGGAAGAAAUCCAGCUUCUCCAGCAAGAGAUUGAACAGUUACAGGAAAAGUAUAAGACUGAGUUACGUACCAGGGAGGCCCUUCUCGCAGAAUUAGAAGAACAAAAAAUUGUUCAGGCCAAACUCAGACAGACAUUGACUCUGUUUGAUGAACUUGAAAAUGUUGGCAGAGAUCGUGGAACUAAUGAUUUUAGGGAGGGUUUGGUGUUUCUGGUCCAGAACUCCAGAAAGCUGCAGAACAUUAGAGACAAUGUGGAAAGAGAAAGUAAAAAACUGAAGAUAUCUUAAGUUCUCAUUAGUAAAAAAGAAAGAAGCUAUCAAAAAUAGAGUGGUAAGGACCUUACAGCAGUGACUGUCCAGGCCAACCACGUAUCUUACUAGGUUUUGUUCACCUGAUUAUAUUCCACAUCUUCCUCUUUUUUGAUGCAGUCUCCUGAAAGAUCUCUGUACUACCUUGAAACUGGCCUAUAAAGAUCUUUUCCUUAGAGGCCGCUAACAGGUGGGAAGAGAUUCUUGGUUCAGUAAUAGCACAGUUGGGUGCAUAAAUGAAUAAGUGAACUCAUGGCCAGUCAGAAAUAUUUGUGAAGUUGUGUGUCAGUCGUGAGUUUUUUGUGGCCUUGACCCUUUGGGCCCGUUCUGUGGCUGAGAUGGGCUAAGCAGGUGACUCCGUGGUUAACCGGUCCCUGCAGUGUGCCUCAGGCAGCAGUGCUUCCUCUUGCCUGGUAACUCUUCGUACAUGAGGAAAUUGGUAACUUUUAAAGAGCAAGUAGUAUAAGAAGACAAUUUUGAUCUUCACUAAAGAAAGAAGCUGGUUUUUGUUUUGUUUUGUUUUGUUUUCAAAGUCAAUCCUUUCCAUCACUAAGGCUCUGGUGAUGUUAAACAACUUAGUAUUUUGGAGUCCAGCAGAAGACCUUGGACAAAAAAGAAGUGGAUGCCACUGGAACAGAAAAGCAAGCAUGGAGCAUACCCUAUAGUGGAAUUUAUAUUUAGUAUUAGGUGCUUAUGCCAAUUCUCUGAUACUUCAGGUAGUUUUGGAAUCUGCCUUAUAUGUAAUAUUUAAUUAAAUUAUUUGUCACUCUCAUAGGCGUCAAAUAUUCUGUAUCCUUGGAUCACACAAGGAAAGGGGAGAAAUGUAGGUAGUGUUGCUUUUUAGAUAUUGCUUUCCCUCCAUGUCUUCCCAAAGAACAGAUUUGGAGUUUGUCUUUGAUGUAGAGAAGAAGUAACUUGGGUGUUAAUAUUUGUGAUUAUUCAUAGAUUUUGAAAGCUUGUAUUUACCAGGAAUAUGUUUAUUAUCAAGAAGUCCUUUUUACAAAUCCUGUACAUUAAAUAUAUGCAUUUUUUAAA